AUGGCAUCCACAGACCCCAAGACCACAGACGACAAGCCCGCUGAGCAGAAGCCAGAGCAGAAGCCCGCCGCUCUCGGCGAGGACGACGAGUUCGAGGACUUUCCCGUCGACGACUGGCUAGAGGAUCAGACCGAGGCUGCAAAGGGCAGCGGCGAGACAAAGCACCUCUGGGAAGAGAGCUGGGACGACGAUGACACGAGCGACGACUUCUCGCAACAACUUCGGGAGGAAUUGAAGAAGGUCGAGGCUGCUAAACGCCGAUAG